UGGAGUAACUAACGGUCAAAACUAAACAAAACUACCAGUCUUCUCUUUCCUUGUUCUGCAUCACGUGCCCAAACGACAGUCUCGCUUUUGGUUUCUUUGAUCUAUAACACUCUCCUUCAUCCUAGCGUCUUUCUUAUGCUUCUGCAAAAUCUCUGAUCAACCUAGCGAAAAACAUGUCCAGGCCUGGAAAUAAGAUCAUUCAAGCCAAGCUGGUGGGUGCUUCUUGGGGAUAUGGGGACUGGCAAGACCAGUUUAGUGUUAAGAUUUGUAAAAGGCCAAUUCUUCCAUAACCAGGAACCUACCAUUGGAGCUGCAUUUUUCACUCAAAUAUUGUCACUGUCUGAAGCUACUGUAAAGUUUGACAUAUGGGACACAGCAGGACAAGAAAGAUAUCACAGCUUGGCUCCUAUGUAUUACCGUGGAGCAGCAGCCGCCAUUGUUGUGUAUGAUUUGUCGAGUGUUGAUACAUUUGUUCGAGCCAAAAAAUGGGUUCGUGAAUUGCAAAGACACGGAAGUCAAAAGUUGGUGAUGGCUUUGGUGGCAAAUAAAUCUGACUUGGAACAAACAAGAGAGGUUGAAUAUGAGGAAGGGGAGGAAUUUGCUCAAGAGAAUGGAAUGUUCUACAUGGAAACAUCUGCUUUGACUGCAGUGAACAUCAAUGAACUUUUCUAUGAAAUAGCAAAGAGACUCGCAAGAGUCUUGCCACCAAAACCUACUGGAGUGAAUCUUAACAAUGUUCAAGAUAGAAGAAGAAAACUUUUUUGUUGCUCAGCAUGAGCGAUAUUCCUACGUAGAUCAAGUGGCAUAAUCAUCACGGUCCCCUCACUUUCAUGUGAGAUGCCUCAUUUUCUAAAUAUCUUGAACUCCUCCGGAGGAGGUUUCUUUUUUUUUUUUCCCUUGUAAUUUACUUCUGAUUCGGACUCUUGUUCCUACAGUUUUCUUUCAAGCUAUUAUAUGCACUUUCUGAUUGUUCAUAUAGUUUUCUUUCAAUACUAGUCCUAUUGAAAUCCUCA